AUGAUCCUAUCCGUCCAACCGAUCAUCGGACCAAAGGGGCCGAACUAUGUCAACACCAGUGGGCACUCACUGACAACCCGAAUGUUGUACAGUGUGAUCCCCUCCGAACUUUACUGCGGCGAUCUCACCUUGGACACGUUGUUGGAUGACAUGGUCGCCGACCUGACCAGGAUGUAUGAGGAUGGGCUGGAAGUUCAAGUCAAGAAUGCCCCGGCCCGGUUCCGGCUCGUCUUGCUAGCUGUGAAGGGUGACUGGCCCUUCCUACGCAAAUCCAUGAAAUUGGAGGACUGGUUCGAUUUCAGCAAAGCUGCUUAUGAUCGCAACCAUGCCAAAGUUCUGCCCAGUCGCUCACUGCAGGCUUCCCUCGACCAGGCAUACAUAGAUUACCGAGAUUACUGUCAUCGAUCUGGCAAGUCGACAUCCAUUACGAAUUUCAGUCUGCAGACGUUGAAGGUGGAGACGAGCCUGGGUUGUUAC